AUGUCAGGCCAGGAAUCUACUGCUCCCGCCGCCGCGACCGAGCCGACUUCGCUUCCUGAGCGCAGCGCAAACCCCGCAGGCGACGCCGGCGCCCCUCAGCCAGCAGAGAUAUCGAAGAACGCCGCGAAGAAGGCUGCGAAGAAGGAGAAGCUUGCUCAGGGCAAGGCCGGGAAGGCAGAUAAAGGCAUUGGCCAUAGCGGGACGAAACAUGUGGCCGUGAAGCCAGCAAAGAAGAAGGGCGACGGGCCUGCGUUGAUCGGUAUAGAUGUGGCCAAGGAGGAUGAUUUCGCAGCAUGGUACCAGCAGGUCCUGCUCAAGGGUGAGAUGUUGGACUACUACGAUGUAUCAGGAUGCUUCGUCCUCAAGCCUCACUCCUUUUUCAUAUGGGAACAAAUCCAGAGCUGGUUCGACGCCAAAAUCAAGCAGAUGAAUGUCAAGAACUGCUCGUUUCCUCUAUUCGUGUCCGAGGAUGUGUUAAAGAAGGAAAAGGACCAUAUCGAGGGAUUUGCUGCUGAGGUUGCUUGGGUGACUCAUGCUGGAAACUCUGCUCUCGAGAAGAAGAUAGCUAUUCGUCCAACCUCUGAGACUGUUAUGUACCCAUACUACGCCAAAUGGAUUCGAAGUCACCGUGACCUGCCCCUCAAACUCAACCAGUGGAACUCCGUUGUCAGAUGGGAGUUCAAGAACCCACAGCCUUUCUUGCGCACAAGAGAAUUCCUAUGGCAAGAGGGUCACACUGCCCAUCUUACAAAGGAAGAAGCUCACGAGGAGGUUCUCCAGAUUCUCCAGCACUAUGCUCAUGUCUAUGAAGAACUUCUCGCCGUCCCGGUCAUCCAGGGUCAAAAGACUGACAAGGAAAAGUUUGCUGGUGGUCUCUACACCACAACUGUAGAAGGAUACAUUCCAGCCACUGGACGUGGAAUUCAGGGAGGCACAUCUCACGGCCUCGGCCAGAAUUUCAGUAAGAUGUUCGGUAUCACUGUCGAGGAUCCGUCAGCUCGCCCAGAUGAGAAGAAACCACCAUUACAUGUCUGGCAGAAUUCUUGGGGUCUCUCCACCCGAACAAUCGGUGUAAUGGUUAUGAUCCACGGUGAUAACCGUGGACUGGUUCUUCCACCCCGUGUUGCUGAUAUCCAAACAGUCAUUGUUCCAGUCGGCCUGGGCGCCAAAACUCCAGAUGAUGAACGUGCAGCUAUAAUGGCUGAGAUUGAAGCCAUAGCCACUGUUCUAUCCGCAGCUGGUGUUCGUGUCGAAGUUGACAAGCGUGACGGAUAUACCCCUGGAUGGAAGUUCAAUGACUGGGAGCUUAAGGGCAUCCCUCUCCGCCUGGAAUUUGGCCCUGGCGAGUCUGCUGGCUCCUUCGUCACUACCUCGCGUCGUGACAUUGCUGGAAAGGAGGGCAAAUCCUCUAUUGCAAUUAAAGAUCUAGGCACUGCCGUUCCUGCUCUGCUGGAGACUAUCCAAGCAGACCUCUACUCACGUGCUAAAACAUCAUUUGAUGAUAACGUUAAGAAGAUCACUAACUGGGACGAUUUCUGCCCUGCUCUAAACUCCAAGAAUAUAUGUAUGAUCCCCCACUGCUUGACUGAGGUAUGUGAGGACCAGAUCAAGGAAAUGAGCGCUAGAAAGGCCGAAGAGGAGUCCGGCGAAGCCCAAGAUGCCAAAGCACCAAGCAUGGGUGCUAAGAGUCUGUGCAUUCCAUUUGAUCAGCCAGAAGGUAUCGAGCUUGGAGUAACCAAAUGUGCUAACCCCAAGUGCGAAAAGACUGCUGAGAAGUGGUGCAUGUUCGGACGUAAGUACUUUUAUCCCAUGUAA